ACCGGCAUCCCGGGACAGCGGCACACCGCGACAGCGCGACAGCGCGACAGCGGGACAGGGCGACAGGGCACCCCCGCGGGCAGGACCCACCCCCGGCAUCCCCGGCUGCCAAGUGCCAUGGCCGCGAGCCCCCGCUGACAUCGCCCCCCACGCCUCGGGGUGCCCCCGCCGCCGCAGCCAUGGGUGACUCCUACGCCGCCGCCUUCCCCAGCGCCCCGGGGCUGCUGUCGCCGUCCGCCAGCCCCCAGGCGUCCCCCGGCCCCUACGGCCCCGACUACGGCCCCUUCGGGCACCCCUUCCCAGCGCCCUCGGGCGCCCAGGAGGUGCUGGGGGCCCCCGUGGUGGUGGCCAAGGGGCACCCCGCGGGCGAGUGCCUGCCGGGGGUGUACCCCUCGCUGGAGAUGCCGCACCCCUACGGCUCCUGGUACAAGGGCGGCAUCGGCGGGGGGCUGCCGGGGGGCUCCGGGCCCGCGGCCCCGUCCUGGUGGGAUGUGCACCCCAACGGGGGCUGGCUGGGGGGGCCGGCGGGCGCCGAGGGGCUGCAGGGCUCGCUGCAGGGCCAGCCCACCCUCAGCCCCCCCCUGCCCACCUACGGCUCCGAUUUCGGCGCUCUGAACCCCCCUCCUUACACCAACGCCCCCGCCGCGCCCCCCACCCCUAAACCCACGCCGGGCGAGACCCCCAAGGGUCCCCGCGGCGGCUCCCUGGGGGGACGCCCGGCGUGCGAUUGUCCCAACUGCCAGGAGCUGGAGCGGCUCGGGGGCCCGGCGGGGGCGCGGCGGAAGCCGGUGCACAGCUGCCACAUCCCGGGCUGCGGCAAGGUGUACGGCAAGGCGUCGCACCUGAAGGCGCACCUGCGCUGGCACACGGGCGAGCGGCCCUUCGUGUGCAACUGGCUCUUCUGCGGCAAGCGCUUCACCCGCUCCGACGAGCUGGAGCGCCACGUCCGGACCCACACGCGAGAGAAGAAGUUCACCUGCCUGCUGUGCAGCAAGCGCUUCACCCGCUCCGACCACCUCAGCAAGCACCAGAAGACCCACGCCGACCCCCCCAAGCCGCCCCCCGGCGCCGAGCAGCCCCCCGCGUCCCCCCGGCCGCCGCCCGCCUCGCCCGGCAAGGACGGCGGCAGCCCCGAGGCCGGGAGUUUGUUGGAGAUUUGAGCCUUUCCGCCUUCAUCUUCCUCCUCCUCCUCCUCCUCGCCGCUGGGGAUAUUUAUUACGGGGUGCUGCUCCCCCCGCCAAGCCCCCUCCCCCUCAGUUCCCCAGCUCCUCGUUAGCCAUUCUAAUUUAUGUCUUAAAUUAUGGGGGGGCUCUCCGAGCGCUCUGGGGCUCACGGGGGGGGGUGUCAAGGUGAGACCCCCCCCCCCUUUCUGUUUUCCCUUCCAACCCCCCAACCCUUCUUACCCCCAGCCCUCGCCUCGCCCCCCGCACUCAGGGACAGGGUUUGCCCCCCUCCCCCGGCCUGGUUCAUCAGUGCUAAUGUAACGUGUCCCCCCCCCCACACUUUUUUUAGCUGCCUGCCCCUCCUGCCCCCCCGGAAAAAAAAAGCAAUAAAAGGAUUG